AUGGCCAGAGCGCGGGCCGCCCACCGCCGGCGACUAUAUUUAGUUGGUGAACAACGAAGUUUGCUGAGCAAACACGGGGGCGGCAACCCCCGGCCGGGUGGUGGCGGUGGGGGCGGCGGCGGCUACGGCGGCGGGGCUCCGAUGCUCGCUUCAUUAGUUGGCUCGACCGCAGCGCCAGAUACAAGCAGGCAGCGCGGAUCAACGGCGCAGCCAGCCGCGAGAUUGGACGGCGGCGCCGCGGGCACACAGCACAGCAGAGGCGGCGGGGUCGGCGGCGGCGGCGGCGGCGGCGUCGGGACGCCUCUGUUUGAGCGAUCAAUUACGGCCGCGGCUUAUCGCCGAGCGCAGGUGUCAAAGGGCCCGCGUCCCGCUGAUAGCGACGCCUGCCGCAUGUCGUCACCCCACAAUGGUGCCGCCGUCUCCGCCAUUAGCUGCCUCAGAGUUCGCUGCGUUCGUUUCCUGCCGGCGAAGGUAGCCCUACUCAGCUAG